UCGGUUCCCCCAUUCAUCGCGGCGAGUGAGAGGCGGCUACCGGUAGAAGAAAAUAGAAUAGAAAUUCAUUGCAACAAUCGGUAGUAAGCGGGCUGAACGUUUUCGGGGUGGCUAGUAAGAGUUCUUUACCCCGAGCGAACGAUGGUCAAUUUCGUGUAUAAAUUGUGUUAAGUAUAUUUACUUAAGUCAGUUGGUGCGUGAUUAAGUUUUUAAUUGGUCGAUCGGACGUGGCUAGAUGUGAUUUUUUUAAUAAAUACUUGUGGCUGUAAAUCGAAGACCUCGCCGAAAUGGAGACGAUUUUAGAGUUCGUGAUUCUGAUGGGGUUCAUGUACUGGGCCUUUCCUAGUUUUUUCUCGGAGGGAUUUUCCAGGAUCAACAAAAUGGUGGACAUCCUCACGAACCGGAUUUUCGACAGUUUCAGCCGAUUUUCGCCGAAAGAAAACCACCAGACUGAGUCCCUCACAACUAUAUCUCAUCUGAAACGUUUUUCCAAAGAGCAACAGUUUCGAAAACGGCACUCAUUCAAAGAUGACAUUAAGGAUCGCGAAAGUCAGCUAUUUGACAUCAAGGAACAUGUUGCAGAGGUGGAAAUACCGCCCAGUAGGCCUCUGAUGGGGCUUAGUUGUAAUUAUUGCACCAGCUUAAGUAGGGAGUCGCUGGUUAACAAAACCACCGAAAAAUUAGCCUUGAACAACAUCCUAGACCAUACCCCAUCCCUCCACAACAAUGGCUUCCUCCAACGAACUUUCUCCCAUCUCAACCAAGUCUACCAACUGCGAAAAUUCGACUACCCCCAAGUCGCAGAGGUGGUUUUAAACGACGACCGCUUGAAGCAAGCCAUUGAAAAAACGGCCCUCCAGCAGUUCCAGGACUCCGACAGAAACGACGACGAUUUUUACCAAGAGCUGCUAAAAAACAACCAAAAACGGGCAAAUAAAUUGUUAUAUGGAAUGAGAUCCACUUUAUCCGACUUUAUACUACGAUUUACGUCAUGGGUUUUAUACAAGUUGUUACCCUGUUUUAUAAGCUGCGUAGCCGCCCAUCCGGGACAAAUAAACAUGCUGAAGGAGGCCGGAAAGACGAACCUUCCGCUCAUUUUCCUGCCGCUGCACAGGUCACACUUGGAUUACAUUCUUAUAUCGUUUAUUUUGCUGAACAACAACGUGCGCUCGCCGCUGGUGGCGGCGGGGGACAACCUCCGGAUACCGUUUUUUGGUUCUUUGCUCCGCGGCCUGGGCGCCUUCUUCAUCAAGCGUCGCAUCGACCCGAUAAUGGGCCGUAAAGACCACCUCUACAAGGCCGUCCUGCACACUUACAUGAACGAGUGUCUGCGCGCCGGCCACAACGUGGAGUUCUUCCUGGAAGGCGGGCGCACGCGAACCGGGAAACCUUGCAUGCCCAAGUACGGCAUCCUCAGCGUGAUCGUGGAGGCCUUCAUGGACGGGACCAUCGACGACGCGCUGUUGGUGCCCGUGAGCGUGAACUACGAGAAGCUGGUGGACGGGAACUUCGUGCGCGAGCAGCUGGGGCAGCCGAAGGAGAUGGAGACGUUCGGGGCGGCGAUGAGGGCGAUCUGGCACGUUUUGAACAGCGAUUUCGGAAUGAUCAGGAUCGAUUUCAAUCAGCCGUUCUCGCUUAAAGAGCUGGUGAAGACGUUCAACGCGUCGAAGAAGCUGCCGGCGAAUGGGUUGAAGAUGCUGAAGUCGAAUCCGUCGACGACGAGUUUGUACGGGACGGAUGUGGUGUCGGAUGAGCACAAGACGUUGGUGGAGAGUAUUUCGAAACAUAUUAUUUACGAUUGUGCCAAAUCGACGUCAGUCAUGUCCACCAACGCCCUCGCCUUUUUAUUAUUAUCGAAGCACCGAGAGGGCGCCACCGUCAAGCAGCUCGUUGUCGACCUCGACCUCUUACGCGAAGAACUCCACCAAAGCCGGAAAGACCUAGGUUUCACCGGCGACUCCUUCGACAUAAUCAACUACAGCGCCGAAUUACUUGGCCCGGGACUGAUCCGCAAGGAAAAAGUAAACGGCGAAGACACAAUCAAACCAAUCGCAAUAUUACCAAACGUCAUAGAACUUUCCUAUUAUAGUAAUACGUUAGUUACUCAUUUCGCGCUGGAGUCGAUAGUGGCAAUCGCCGUUUCCGUUGUAGCAACUGCGGCAGGCACAGUUUCUCACGUAGAAUUAAUCGACACGGUAUUGGAUCUGUGCAGUAUCUUUCAAUACGAGUUCAUAGUGUGUAAGCCUUGUCAAAAUUUAGAGCAUAUUGUGAUCGGAUGCAUCGACGAUUUGAACGUGAGGCAUCGCAUUUUCGUGGAACAGGAACAGGAUUCGGAGCGAGUGGCACGGAGUAAGCGGAUAGCGAAGCGAUUCGACGACGAAGACGACAUCGACGAGGCGGAAACCGAGAAACCGUAUAUUUUAAGCGACGAGAAAACGGCUGUGGAACGUCUGAAGUUUUUGAGAGUUUUACUUAUGCCUUUGCUUGAAGCGUACGCCGUUACUGCUUUUAGUUUGGAUAAGUUAGUGGGGAAGUCUUUAUUGGAGAGCGAAUUGGUUAAUGAUAUUCUUAGCGAAAUUCAGCUGCAGGUGUCAGCAGGGGCGGUGAUAUAUGAGGAAAGCGUGUCCGUCGACUCAAUCAAAAAUGCUUUGAAACUGUAUCAGAAGUGGGACGUUCUUGAGUGCCAUACGGAAAAGAAGCUAAGACUUUAUUCCUUGAAAGAAAAUCAAGACAAUACUGAAUCUGUUAAGUCUCUUUAUCAAAGGGUUCACAAAUAUAGACAAUCUCCUAACUAGUAGUAAUGCCAAAGGUUUUGUUAUUUAUUAUGAUAAAAUUAAUUCUAAUUUUUGUAUAAUAGCAAAUAUGUUUAACAUUCUUUAAUGAACUCGCGUACGAUUUUUUGUACGUGGGGUGAUUUUUUUAAUUUGCUGUAUAAUUAAGACAUUAUGUUCAUGAGAUUUAUUAGAUGCAUAAAUUUAAUGAACUGUGAUAAACUAGUUUCAAUAAAUUUUUAUCACAA